AUGAGCAACGCCACUGUUGAUCCCGUUGGAAGCACCUCUUGGAUCGGAGCUGAUGCCUACGAUCCAGGCGACGAGCUGCACGAUCGAGCCCUGGCAGCCCUCGACGGGCUCAACUGGGAUCAUCUUUCGUCCCUUUCCUCAGCGCUCAACAAUGGAGUCCCUUGCACCUUCAGCCAGAAGUUUUCCAUCGGCCACUUCAACAUGGUUCGCCACAUUGACUUCACCGACGGCACCAGCUGGGUUGCCAGGGUGAGACUCCCAGAGCUCCGCACCGUGUUCGGCGACCGCGAAGUCCUCGAUGUGGCCAGCACUCUCAAUGUUGAAGUCUCGAGCAUGAAGUUCUUCAAGGCCAAGACCUCGAUUCCCGUCCCUGUAGUUCAUUCCUACAGCGUUGAUACGAACAACGAGGUUGGCGGCCCGUACAUCCUCAUGGAUUACAUUCACGGAACUGUCGCCACGGAAUUACGAGAUGCAAAUGAAUACGAGGCAACACUUUCUUCCUUCAAGUUCAGUCAGAUCGGGAGCCUCUAUCAGAAUAAAGAAACGUCCGACUUCUUCAUCGGCCCAGAGACAGAGACUGUCAAGGGACCUUGGAGCUCCUCACUGGAGUAUUAUCAAGAUCUCUCAAACCACGCUCUCCAAGUCUGCGUUCAGCACGCGUCGCCCGAAGUCAAAACAGCUUCUUCAUUCGCAAAUCCGAUCCUCUUCAGACAUCUCAUGUCCCUAUAUCGUCAACAAAAGCCCAGCAAAGAAUCCUUCAGCCUUGUCAAUCGCGACUUCGGAGCCCACAACCUUCUGGUCAAUGAGAAAUUCCAGAUCGUCGGCGUCAUCGACUUUGAUGGCGUGAUGGCGGCCCCCAUCGAAGUUGUCGCCCAGUACCCAGUCUUGACGGGGCUGAAUCGAGAGCCCCCAGGGUGUGUCGAGACGAGACCCGCGGCUAUCGAGCGCAUCGAGAGAACGAAGCCGAAGCUCAAGGAAUACAAGGAAAUGCUGGCGGCCGCGGAACGCAAACUCGGGAAUGACGAUAAGGGAGCCACGCCGAUUGCGGACCUGUUGCUGUCAGAUGCUGCGAGUGUGUUUCAGGGCCUGGUGAGAUAUCAGGGCCACCAGGUUUUUGUCAACGAUCAGUGGAUGGAAGCUUACCUAAAGCUCAUCCGAGACCAUUUCCAGAAAGAUGGCUCUGCAGGUGAAUGA